CCAAAUAUUUAGCCACAAUGAGUUCUACUUGCAACUUUCUCCAGCCUGUUAUUCUCUUCUUGCCCAUUCUUCUCAUUAUCAUUUCCCAAAGUAUAGCUCAAGCUCGAACAUUGACUGAUAUUAAAAAGUUGCAAAAAUGGCCAUUCAAUAAUUCAGUUUCAGCUGUUUUAGUGUUCGGGGACUCUACGGUUGAUUCAGGGAAUAACAACUACAUAAGCACGAUUUCUAAGUGCGAUUUCCCACCCUAUGGAAGGGAUUUUCUGAACCACAUUCCCACCGGAAGGUUCACCAAUGGCCGCCUCGUCACAGAUUAUAUUGCCUCGUACAUGGGAAUCAAAGAUUUCGUGCCACCCUAUUUGGACCCAAGUCUUAGCUUGGAGGAGCUCAUGACCGGAGUUAGUUUCGCCUCCGGUAGCUCUGGCUUCGACCCUCUCACUGCUCAACUUAGCGGUGUAAUACCAUUGCAAAAGCAGCUGGAAUAUUUCAAAGCAUAUAAAAGGAGACUUGAAAAUGCAAUAGGGAAAGAAAAGACAAAAUUGCUAAUAAGCAAAGCAACAUUUAUAAUAAGUGCAGGGACAAAUGACUUCGUUGUAAACUAUUUUAAUACCCCAUUUCGAAGAAAAACCUAUAAAGUCUCUGCCUACCAGCAAUUCUUGUUGCAAUUGGUGCAACAAUUUGUCCAG